GUCGUAUUCCACUGCGAAUAGACUGCUAUGUUUACUGCCAUCUGCCGGUCAGAUGGCCGUAAGAUUAUGUCGACAUUAUCAACGAGUUAGAAAUUCCUGCGGUUCGUCCUACAGCACAGGCUUGCCCGUUCUUGUCAGACCAGUCAACAUGGCAGAACGACCCUCCAGUUUCAGUUGGGUGGUCCAAGGAAAGCUGUGCGCCCUGGCGUUCCCACAUCGGGCAGAAAACAUCAGAUGGCUGUACAAGGAAGGUGUUCGGCACCUGAUCUCCCUCACCUACAGACUGCCACCUGUGGACAGCUGUCCCAAACUGAACAGCAUCCACAUGAAGAUCGAGGACUUCACUCCCCCCACCAUUGAACAGGUGGACCGCUUCAUCCACAUCGUGGAGAGCAACAGUAGGAUUGGAGAGGCUGUUGCAGUUCAUUGCCAAUGGGGCAGGGGGCGCACUGGUACCAUGAUCGCAUGCUACUUUGUCAAGACCAGGAAAAUCUCAGGUCAGGAGGCCAUUGAAGAGAUCCGACGCAUCCGUCCAGGCUCAAUAGAAACCUAUGACCAAGAGAAGAUGGUAAUUCAAUAUUACCAACAAUUAAAGUCCAGAGGAGAGGUGUAGAUGUAGUCAACAUGAGCUGAUUUGUUUAUUGCCAUCAGGCUAUAUCUUUUACAAGUUGAGAAAUACUUUCAACUUCUGUGAAAAAGGGUAAAUGAAAGAGUGGUAUUUUUAUCUUCACAUGCUUAAUGUGCAACUUCUUACUAGUAGUUCCACAGGUCAUCGUCAUUCUUGCUGAAUAAGAAAUUCUGAAGUACUUAACCUUUAGCACCGGCAUGCCAUAGUUGCAAUAUGGCGCCAAAUGUCUGAUCAAGGAAGAGGCAAGGGUGAAAGGUUGAGAAAUUAAGAUCAAAACUGUUACA